CGCAGGCCCCGCCGCCGCGGGUGACGCGUCGUCUCGGCCGUUACAGGAGGCCGGCGAGGAGGAAGGAGGAUGGCAGCGGCAGGCGGGCGGCUCCUGGCGGCGGCCGCCGCUUACUCGAGGCUGGCGGGCUGGGGCGGGUCGCGCCGCAACCCGACCGCGCCGCUUGUGCCCUCCCGGAGCGCCACUGUCACCCGCAGCGGCGCCAUUUUGCCCAAGCCGGUUAAGACGCCCUUCGGUCUCCUCAGAGUGUUCAGCGUUGUGAUCCCUUUCCUGUACGUGGGGACUCAGAUCAGCAAGAACUUCGCGGCCCUACUUGAAGAACAUGAUAUCUUUGUCCCAGAGGAUGACGAUGAUGAUGAUUAAAGGAACUGUAAUGGAAGAACAGAAGGGAGAACACCAUUGACAAAACAAUGGUUUCAACAUCUGCCACUUGUAUUUUGUCCUUCCUAAACCUAAAUGGGACAGGGGGCUCUAUUCCUUUUGCCAGUGAGUGUCCUGCACAUGUCUGUACGACAGGAUCUGUAGAUCAGGGUUGAAGGAAGUGCUUGAUGGGCCCUGCAUCCUUGCACACACACGCUCACCUCAUCAAAGACUGCUUGGGAAUCCUUUUAUUAGCAAUAUGUGAAACACUUAAUUAAAGAUGAAGAGAUUGAGAUGUA